GACUCAUUCGCGCUCAGGGAGAAAGCGCGGAGGAAAAAGUCAAGCAGCGGGCGGAAAGAAGCCCCGAACCAGCUUUCCUCCAUGGUUCUCCGGAUCCCCUUGCGGAGAAGUGCCAGCUUCACCCCGGACCACCACCAAGCCGGGGCGGAGGCAUCCCCACCGGGGCCGCUGAAGAUGGAAGCCAACGUGGUGGUGCUGGGCGCGGACCGCGUGGGAAAAUCCGCUUUGACAGUACGCUUUCUCACCCGGAGGUUCAUCGGAGAAUACGGAAACAUGGAGUCUGUCUACACCCAUACUUUGGCGCUAGAAGGCAGAGAGGUGGUUUUCCACAUCUGGGACUUUCCUUGUUCACAGGAAAAGGCAGAGGAGAGCUCGCCGGGGGAUAAGCGCAUCCAGUGGGCCGACGGCUUCGUUCUGGUCUAUAGCAUCUGUGACCGGGCCAGCUUCGACAGCGUCCAGCCCAAAGUCCAGGUCAUCAAGGCCGCCAAGGAGGGCCCCAGCCAGGAGAAAAUCCCCAUUGUCAUCGUGGGGAACAAGCGAGACCUGCACCACCAUCGCACCGUCUCCAGCGAGGAAGGACGGCUCCUGGCCCUCUCCCUGGACUGCGAGUUCUACGAAGUAUCGGCUGCCGAAGCCUCGCACGGGGCCCUCCUGGUCUUCCACGCACUGGCCGAGCGCCUGUGCGAGGCCAAGCUGGCCCUCAAGAAAGGGACCGGGAUCCGCAGCAUCGUCAAGAGCGUGUCGGCCGUCUUUGCCCGGAAAAGGACGGACUCGAUGUAAGACGGAGGGAGGACCUGGGGACGGCUCGGCCUCCCAGCCUCCUCUGCACAAUGGGAUUUCUCUUGUGUAAAAUGAUGCACCUCCUUGUUCUCUUAACCCAGAGGGGAGAAGCUUUCGGGGAGACCUCAUGGCCCUUGUUUGGCCCAUGGGGUGCAACCACACCCCCAAAAAGGGCAAAUGUUAUGAAAACUCCCAGGAUUGUCUGUUCCAACUUCCAUCUUCAUUUUGGGGUGGGGGGCUAUUUUACUGUAAAAGCACUACCCUGGCAACCAGAUUUUUUUGGGGGGGGCACAGAGUUCAAAUACAGCCUAGGUGGCCACGUGUGGCCGUUGACCCCUCUGUCAACUCCAGCAUUAACCAUACCCCAAAAUUAGGAGGCUGCAGGAUGGCCCGGCCGAAGAGGUGGUGAUACAGGGGGCUGCCUGGAUGUCCAGAUAGUCCUCCACCCUUCCCCACUACCAGCACCUCAAGAGGGUAGGGCUUUAAAUAAGGAUCCGUAGACGUCAGUUGGCUCCUCUCUUUCCCUCUGAAGUGGCUAAACUGCAGUCCUGCAGUCAAAACUCCGCUCACA